AUGUGCAGGGCGCCGUCGGUGGGCAGCGGGUGCGGGCGUCGUGGGCUGGGGCUUGGAAGUGGCGUCUGCGCAGUGCGCGUCGGCGUUGGAAGUCGAAGCGGGCGGCAGCGGCGUCGCACAUGCGGGGCGUGGGGGGCCGGGGGCUUCGCGAGGAGCUUGUUAGCGGGUGAAGCGGCGCGGCGGCCGCCGCCCGCCGCCGCAGCGCCGCCGCAGCAGCAGCAGCAGCAGCAGCAGGCAAUGUCGGGGGCGGGGGAGGCCAAGAACGGGCGGCGGGGCGCGCGGCCGCCCUUCUGGCUGGUGGCGAGCACGCUGCGGGAGAGCCAGACGGUGGAGCUGGUGCACUCGAAGAUCCGAAACACGCUGCUGGGCGCGCGGGCGCCGCUGUGCGACGACGUGGGCCUCUUCGACGUGCCCACGGGCCUCAAAUUCGGCUCCUUCGACGACCUCAUCCGCGCAGUCGACGCGCUGCAGCGCCAAGACGCCGCGGUGGAGGCUGCGCUGCGGCGCGUGGAGCGGCAGGCGCUGGAGCUGGACCCCGAGGCGCAGCUGAAGGUGGUGUGGCAGCGGCACUCGCUGAGCGUGGAGCAGUACAUCCGGAGGUUCACGUGGGACGAGGCGAAGUUCCCGAAGGCGCGGGCCAUCCGCGAGAACCUGGAGGCGAUUGUGCAGGCCGUGGCGAAGCUGGAGGAGGAGGUGCGGGCCAAGGUCGCGGUGUGGCAGGAGGUGCGGCAGCAGACCACUGGUCCGGCCGGCCGCGAACCACUGGUCUACGCGCAGCGCGAACUGCUGGACCUGCUCACGCCCGCGGUGGUCCAGCCCGGAGACUUCGUCGACUCCGAACACCUGACCACCGCCGUCGCCUGCGUGCCGCUGCAGGCCGAGCCCGAGUGGCUGCGCUGCUACGAGAAGCUGAGCCCGCUGGUGGUCCCGCGCUCCGCGAAGAAGUUCGCAGUGCCUCCCGACAAGGAGGGGGUCUGUCUGUGGCGCGUGGUGCUCUUCAAGAAGGGGCUGGAGGCCUUCAAGAGCGCUGCGAAGGAGCGCGGCUUCGCCGUGCGCGAGUUCGUCUACAGCGAGCACGUGUACCUGCGCGUCGCCGAGCAUCGCUCGCGAGCGAUCGCCGAGCAGACCAAACACGAAAGCUUUCUUUCCCGCGUUUGCUUCGCAGCUUUCUCCGACAUUUUCGUUUCUUGGCUCCACUUGAAAGCCAUGCGCGUCUUCUGCGACGCGGUGCUGCGCUUCGGCGUUCCGGCCAACUUCGUCGCGCUCUUCCUGCGCCCGCUCGACCCCGCCAAGGAGCCCAAGAUCCACAAGGAACUCCACGCCCUCCUCACUCCUCCCGGCCUUUUUGGCAACAGAUUCUACGCAAAAGACACUUCUGAGCCCACUGACAACGAAGACUUCUACCCCUACGUCCUCAUCACCCUCCAGCCCUUCGCCGCCUGA